AUGUCUGAACUUGUCUUUACCUGCACACAGGGCGGUCAAAUUCCUGUUCAUCUCGCCGCUUCCGGUGGGCAUCUGGAAGUCGUCAAAUAUCUACUGGAACUCCAACCCGAGACUGUCUCUGCGAAGGACAAAGCAGGUGACCUUCCUGUUCAUUUGGCUGCCUGUAAAGGAAAGCUAGACGUCGUCAAGUAUCUACUAGAUCUCCAACGAGACACGAUCUCUGUAAAGAACAAUAUCGGUCGCAUUCCUGUUCAUCACGCCGCUUCCGGUGGGCAUCUGGAAGUCGUCAAAUAUCUACUGGAACUCCAACCCGAGACUGUCUCUGCGAAGGACAAAGACGGUGACCUUCCUGUUCAUCUUGCUGCCCGCAAUGGAAAGCUAGACGUCAUUAAGUGUCUACUAGUUCUCCAACGAGACACGAUCUCUGUAAAGAGCAGACUCGGUCAAAUUCCUGUUCAUUACGCCGCUUUCGCUGGGUAUCUGGAAGUCGUCAAGUAUUUACUAGAACUCCAACCCAAGACUGUCUCUGCGGCGGACAACAUCGGUCGCAUUCCUGUUCAUCACGCCGCCUUCGGUGGGCAUCUGGAAGUCGUCAAAUAUCUACUGGAACUCCAACCCGAGACUGUCUCUGCGAAGACCAACGGAGGUGAGCUUCCUGUUCAUCUUGCUGCCUAUAAUGGAAAGCUAGACGUCGUCAAGUGUCUACUAGAUCUCCAACCAGACACGAUCUCUGUAAAGAACAAUGAUGGGAGAACUCCUCUCGUUGCGGCAGUGUACUUCGGGAAAGCAGGUUGUGUACCCUACUUGCUGGAUUUCACCUGGACCAAGCUUACAUAUGAUGCAGCCAAGAAGAUUGUGGAGGAAGCCAGUAGGAUAGCUAAAGUUCGAGGGGAAAGGCAAGCAUUGGACUUGAUUAAGACCAGCUUGAUCUGUGCAGAGUUUGGUAUUGAGGGUUACACUGAUCCUACUGAACUGAUUGCCAGCGUGUGCGGAGCAGAAGGGUCAGGGAAAUCUACCUUCAUUGCAUCCUUCACAGCAGAAGGUUUCUUCAAUAAACUACUACGUCAGGAGAAUCAACCGGACAUGAAGGCAAAAGAUUUAGCAUCCCGAACAAAGGGAAUUGAAGAAACCAUUUACAACCAAUCGCAGGUGAAGGUGCAUUUCCGCGACUUUGCUGGCCAAGAACAUUAUAACGUGUCACAUGAUAUAUUCACGGUUUCCAUGGCAGCACCAUCUGUUGCCGCAAUAGUGGUGGACGGCACAGAGUGUGUUGAUAAGAUCACACAGACUGUCAGUGCAACUGCCGCCAAUAUUGUUUGUCGCCUGUCUGCACCUGAUGAUGGCUCCCCACUGACUGAGCAACACGAGCAGCAGCAGCAGCCACACGAACAGCAGCAAGAAGAACUGCAGCAGACGCAGAAACUUGAUGUUAUCGCAAUUGCCACACGAGCUGAUCAGCUAACACCUGAAGAGCGCACUGAAGUGGAGAAGGCCAUAAAGAGAGGAAUGAAAGCAUUCUCUCAGCACUUGGAUCUCUGCUUUGUGAGAGUAGUGGAUGCUAGAAAGUCCAACAGUUACAGCAUGAAUGAUCUAAGGAGAGAUUUCAUGCACUUGGUCCAUCGAGUGUUGGCGAAAUCUCCCAAGCAACCACGUUUGCUGCAGAAUGCUCGGCAGCAUUUGGAUGAGGUUCAGGCAGCUAUGCCCAGUCCGUAUUGCUCAAGAGCCGAGUUCGUUGCGGCAUUCAAGAAGGCAAUCCAAGGAACCAAAGACGCACUGCCGAAACGACUCACUGAGCAGAUCGACAGCUUUCUACGCGUCCUGACUGCUUACGGAUAUAUCAUCACAUUCCCAGAGCUGAAUGAUCUGGUGGUUCAUCAGCCUCGCUGGCUCCUGCAGGACGUGAUCGGGUUUAUGUACUCUUCCGACGUCUUCCCCCACCGCCCUGAUGGCAUUGCCAGGGAAUACAAGAUAAGUGAAGAGGAGUUCGUCCGUUCUCUGACUGCCUUCGCCAAAGUCGGCGAAAAAGCUCCACUCUGCGUGCAUAUGGUUCUACAACUCGGCUUGUCCAUCCGCUAUCAGAAAGAUAUCCUUGCUCUCUCCCUGUUUCCCGAGUGUACACAGCCAUUGAAGGUGCACAACGCCUUCAUGACCUCACAAGCGAUGGUAGGUUCUGUGUAUACCUGCAAUGGCUGUGUGCCAUUCUCAUCUGCACUCAUUGUUCAAUGCCAAGCACGCGUGUACGACUACUCCGCCUGCUUUUUCUCCAGUACUGAUCCCAUAUUCUUCAAGAACACCAUCAUUGUCCACCCAUACCCGCACACAACAGCGCUUGUUGUGUUUUCGUUCGACCGCCUGCGCUGUUGUAUUGUAGUGACGUCCAGUUCCAGUAGGUACCUGCAAGUCGUUCACCAUGUGCACUGGCUGUUUCGUGCUCUCUUCCUUGAGCUACUGAAGAGAUACAGUCGUGGUACUUCGGUAGAGCCCACUGUACUCAGCCUGAGCAGCAUGCGUCAGCUUAUCCAGCGAUCGGCUUCACCAGCUGCAAUCUCUUCAGCUGUUGCAUCAUACUCAUGCGAAGCCGUCAUUCGUGCUGCCAACAGCGCGCACAGCAAAGAUGUCAAAGAUGCCAGCGGUUUGUUUGUUGACUCAGUCGUAGAUCUUCACUACGUUCCCGCCACGCACGUCAGCAUGCUUCCUCCCCGCUGUACGGAUCGACUGGAGAAUCUGCGAGAUUCAGCAUUCCUAGGCGAUCUCCAAUCACAUCUAGACGUUGGUGCGAGCGAAAUCAGCCGGCUUGCUGGAGCCACGUCAGUGUCAUCCACUGAACCCAGUCGGCUCAAUGCCUCACUGGUUUUGCUAGCGUGGUGCAGCAAAAGUCAUCGUCGCUCAUCCACACUGCUAUUUAGCUUGAUAGCACAGCGUUGUUCUUCUUCGCCAUUUGCCAACUGCUACCGAGAGAUCUGCAGGAUGCUUGUAGACAAUGAGAGCAUGCUUCUGCACGCAUUUCCUGACACCAUCACCUAUGAGCAACAGCGUUUCAACCAGGAAGAGCGUCUUCGCUGUCAGCUUGAGAACAUACCCUUGGCGGAUGAUUGCUUCCCAACUGCACACGAGACGUCAUUCCUGGGACAGAAUCCCUCCAUGGGAAUGCUACGAUCUCACCUCCAUGCAAUGCAUGUUACGGAUAAGCUGAUCGUGGACUCCGAUCACUACACUCUGUUCCAGGAAGCCGAAGCAGCAGCAGCAGCAGCAGCAGUCUCAGCAGCAAGUCAACCAGCAGCAGAAGUAGCAGCAGCAUCAUCAUCAUCAGCAGCAGCAGCAGCAGCAGGAGCAGCAGCAGCAGCGGCACCAGGAGUAGCAGCAGCAAGUCAAGCAGCAGCAGCAGCAGGAGUAGCAGUCUCAGCAGCAAGUCAAUCAGCAGCAGUAUUAUCAUCAUCAUCAGCAGCAUCAUCAGCAGCAGCAGCAGCAGGAGUAGCAGCAGCAGCAGCAGGAGUAGCAGCAGGACUAGCAGCAGCAAGUCGAGCAGCAGCAGCACCAGGAGUAGCAUCAGCAGCAGCAGAAUCAUCAGCAGAAGCAUCAGAGAGCACAGAUAAUCCUUUCGACACCGACACUUUCACUGCUCAAAUCCUGCCCAAGUUAUGCACAAUACCUUGUGCACGGUUUCGCAGCAGUGUUCAGGGACAAGGUCUGCUACAGAAUCUCAGCGAAAUCGUUGAAUUAAUACGCCUGGAGAAGUAUGAGCCAGUGGAGCACCAUCAUGUCCAGGUCAUCUCGUACAUUCAUGCUGGAGGGAUGGACACAUACAAAAAGCUAUGUGCAGCUAUUCAAGGCCUGAAGUAUGAAGUUUUGUACAGGGAGAUGAUUGCACUGCUUCCUGCUGACCGUCAGCUUAGAGACGAUUGAACCACACUGGUUGCUCAAAGCAAAGCCACUAUCACUGUACUGUAUCUUCAGACAUCGGCAGCAGCGGCAGCACAAGCAUCAGCAGCGGCAGUAGCAGCAGCAGCAGCAGCAGUAUCACUAGCAAACCCAAUGCCCUCACUCUCAGGUAUAUUACUUUGUGUGGUUCCUGUCAUGUAUCUUCUGUGCACACACACACUGCACAAGGCAGAAGAGAUUUGUUUUUCUUUCAUUUGGUUUUCGAUACUUGAAAUUCUAUUUGUUCAUUUGCCCAGCUGCAAUAUAUUUUCUGCACUAUUUUCUGUGACAUAGUGACCAUAGCCAUUUCCUGAAUACUCGUUUUUCUGGUGUGAGACUGAGUGUGGCAGAAUUUUCAUUGCUCUGUUACUGCAAUGUCUGCUAGUAUAUUAUUCUGAGGUUCGUGUUCCCCUGUUUACUUCCCGUUUUCUCUUCUUGAUAUUAAUUUUAUUGCCAAGAUCCACCGGCCGUCCUAUUCUUUUUGCAGUACUUUAAUGAGCUAUGGUUUACAGGGUGUUAGCGGCCGUCGUGAGUUCCCUUCGGGAACGGACACGAUAAUUUACUUUUUUUUAAUGAUGUAUUCAUGUAAUGAAUUCAGUUUAGCGUAGGUGCACAUCUUGCAACUACGUAUCUGCUGCGCAACAGCGCCCUCUACUGCUCUGGCCGCGCCAAUUGUUUAGCGCGCCUUGCCGCGACCAGCAAGACUGCCUGCUGUAUAUCACAUUGAUUUAUGCGUAUGCCAUCACAAUAAUUAAUUCAGUUUUGACCGGGUCGAGUCAGCAACGUGGCACAUCUCCUUGCCAUUCUCACUUUUGAGUCUUCUCUGCUUUGGCUCAUGCCCGACUUGCAUCCUGCUGCCUUUGUCUUUUGCUGACCCACCAUCUAUUUAUACUACAUUGCAUCAUUCCUACUCCAAGUACAUUAAACCUUGUGGCGA